AUGGGCUGCUCACCAUCCAAAGGUAACAAUUUUGGGGCUUUGGGUCCCAUGAGGAAGGGGAGAAUGCUGCCCCCUGCACCUCAAGAAGACCCCAGAGAGUCCCACUUUGAAAAUGGAGAGACACGAAAUUCAGCUGUAUCAACAGAUGGGGAUACAAAGGAGAGGAAGGCAGCCGGACAAACCCAGGUAUUUCAGAAAGAGGCUCAUAUGACACCACAGAAAAAGAGAUCUGUGACUGAGCUAGCACCUGAAGCAGUAAACAUGGACAAAUUGGGAAGUCAAGGAAUGGAAGACAAUACAGUUUCACAGAGAAAAGAGAAAAAUGUUGACAAGCAAGAUGUGACAGAAAAAAAGCCUGGCAGAAAACCAAAGAAAAAUACCAGAGGUAUUAAGGUGCCCAAAAAGAAAGACAAGGAUAAAGACAAACCACCUACAGAACAGAAAGUGGACUUCCCAGAACCUUUGGUAAAAGCUCACCAAGCUGCUUAUGCCUUUUUGAAUCCUAGCAUAAAUAAAUAUGACGUUUUACUAGGACUUUUGGAACAAGCAACCCAUACACAGGUUUCUGUGCAGCCUAUGGUUGCUUUCAUGGCCCUACGCUAUGAGGAAAUAAUUCAGGGACUGGAAGAGAUGGCAGACGAGGGAGAAAAAGUUUUAAAAGAAAAUGGAGAACAUCUUGCUUGGCCAAGUCAAAUGAAAAACCUCUCAUCUUCUCCACCUCUGAAGUCUGGCUCUGCUAAUAUUGAGCCCCCACCGGAUUUGUUGCAGCAGCUGCUUCAGUACACCACACAGAGAAUGCGAAAUGUAAGCCAGACUGUUGGUGGAAUUGGGGACUCUGCUUUGGAAGAGGCAGUAGAGUACUUUGCCUCUGUCUCAGAACUUUUAGAGGAGAAACUAAAAGUCAAACGUGCAGUAGAGACUAGGCUAAUGCAACUCUUAUCUCGCAUUGAAAUGGCCUCUCUGCGCAAGCCUGGGCCAGAGGAUUCUGCUCUCUUUAGUGAAGACAGUGGUAUUGGGGCAGAGAAUGAAUCCCUCGCUGGAUCUGAAAGGCGGCGUAGACGAGCGAGUUGUGAGUCCACCGGGACAAAUAGAACUACUCCUGUCAGUCCUAUGGGAUACACCCCCAUGAGCAUUAGGCAAGGAGUGUCAAGGCAAAAGCUUGCAAGAAAAAUAAGUCCAAGUGUUUCUCUUACCUCACUCAACUCAUUAGGUUCUACAUGUACCAUUAUGGCUAAUGAACAAAGAGACUCAUUGCUAGGAUCAGUCUCCUUAGAUGAUGGGGAGGAAGAAGAUAAUGAUGAUGAUGAUGAUGAUGAGAUGGAUAGAGGCAUGGGAGCUGUGCGAGUAGGGUUAACAAAGCAAUCAAAUUCUUCACCUGUACACUGUGGGAAACAAUGCCCACGCCGCCUACCCCCAAAACGCAUAGAGAAUCCUCAAAAUGUAGAAAUGACUCUCAAAAUGAAAAAUGCAAUAAGUGGUAGGAUACAGUUUGUUCCAUCACAGAACUCUAGUGCCAAAACAAAGGUAGUUGGCAGCCCAAAAACCAGUAGACGCCAGUGGAUGGACGAGGAGGAACGAUCUCCAAGGAGGCCUCAAACAGCAGCACCUAUUCGGAAGGCAGUGGUAAAAAAGACGCCAGUGGCUAGGGAGCGACGUUCCCAGUCAGCGGAAUCCAUCCGGAGCAAAGGUGAAGAUCCUACUCUGAUUGAACUAGACAGAACCCAGAAGGAUUUAAACCAGAAGAUGCAGAGGAUGAGUAAAAACAAGGCAGGUGGAAACAUGAUGACUACUCAACCUAAACAAAGCCAAGGAACCUCUCCAGCUCAGUCACCAGCAAUCAAUCGUAAACAUCCCUUGCUAGAGAAAAACAGCAAUCCCCAACCACUUAAGAAUAAAGCAGGCAUCACAAAACGCAACAAUAAAAAAACAGAGGUAACCAGUGAUGUCGAAGAAGAUAAAUCAAAGGACAAGAAAACAUCCAAGGGUCCUAUAAAAGCCACCCCACCCCCUAGCCCUCCUUUAUCACCUCGACCAUCAUCUGGUCUUUACCGAGGGCGGAACUCAGUCAAAAAACUGAUAGAUACCUUCAGUCAAGGAAUAGUGGAACUAGACGGUCCUGAAGUUCUGGGGCCUCUCAAAGGAGUACGGAAGUGUGGUGUUCCUGUGUUACCUGGUUUAGGAAAUGUAGAAGCUGUGCUCAGCACUGGGAUAACGAGUUGUAGACUUGAAUCCUCUUCAUCUGAGAAAAAUGAUUAUUUUGAUCUGGAUAGUCUGCCUCCGCCUCCACUGGAAGUGUUAAUGGACAAUUCGUUUGAAAGUGCCCAGAAUCUUUCAACUGGUGUAGCAGAUGAAGAGGCUACAAAAGUAAAAAAAUCCCCUGUAUUAAAAAGGGCUGCAGUAUCACUACGACUGAGGGCCUCAGUUCAGUCAGUGACAGUGCUUCCAAGUAAAGGAGGCCUGCCACAAGCUUCCAAGGUUGUUUCCUUUGCUAGAACAGAACAAAAGGACCCAUCUGCUCCGUUAAAGGUCAGCCCAUCAGAUGUUCAACUGGAGGUAGACCCAGGAGAUGUAAAGAAUUCCUUGUACCAGCAAGCCAGAAAGAUAAUACACCUAAGACACUCUUCAGACUCAGAGAAACUGUCAACAAGUGGUGUAGCAACAAAUCCAUCUGCCAAUCAAGAAGAAUCAGCAGACAUAAAUGAUGGUGGUAACCUUUCAGUGCCUGGACCUAACACUACAGUGUCUACAGUGCCUCUUUCUUCAGUAGUCAGUAGCCAACCACCUGCCACCCCACCCAUGUCUAGGGGGCGAAUGUUACCAUCCACCCCUUCUACAUCAAGCAGUCUGCAUCGAAGACUUCCCAGUCCCCACAGCUUCAAAAGGCAAUCUACUCCAACCUCUUCAGCUAGCCCUCCAGCUAACAGGAAACUCACUACACCACCAGCAGUUCAGAGGAGGCUCCCCAGUCCACCUGUUGCAAAGCAGAACAUUUUGAACUCAAACUCACCCUCCUCCUACCCUUUUAAAGCACCGUCUCCACCAGCCUCACCAAAAGUACAAAGAUGGUCAAGAGAGAACAGCAGUGAAGACUUACCUAGUGCUCGGUUGAUCAGUAAUGCACGUUCAGUCUUCUGCCCUGCGUCUCCAUCCCUGUUUGAGGCCAAGCCUUGUCCAGUUCCCAGACCCCCUCAAGCAUGGACCUCUACCGGGGUCUCCUUUCUCUCACGUUCUUGGGGUAGUCGUGGGAGGUUUCCUGUAUCUGUUCAAGGACCUCGACCCUUCAUCCGACGUAGCUAUUCAGACCGAAGGCCAAGUCUAAGUCUGCCACCAAGAUCUCCAGGCAUCUCUGUGGCUGAGACUUGUGGGAGUGAGCCAGCAAUAUAUUCACAGGGGCUGGAUGAUGAACCAACCAGGGAUGAUGAAUUAUGGGGUAGCCAAUCAGACCUCAGAGCUACAGCACGCUCUGCAUCACAGCCGGACCUGUGUGUUGUUGGACAGUCCUUGCACAGAGACUAA